ACCCUUCCCACCUCAGAGCCAUGGGGAGCCGGGGUCCUGGUGGGCUGCCCCUGGUGCAGGCCCCCUACACGGUUCUGCUGCUGCCACUGGAGACAAGCCGCCAAGACCCAGGGGCCCAGCGCUUCUUCCUCUGGCUGCAGAGGAUGCAGGCUCUGGAGCGGGAACAGGAUGCCCUGUGGCAGGGGCUGGAGCUGCUGGAGCAUAGCCAGGCCUGGUAUGAGGGCCGUCUGAGGGAGGCCCAGCAACAGCAGCUAUAUCUGGGGGCCCUUGGUGAGAAUUUUCCAACAGAUUUACACUCAGAGCCUGGUGGCCCCCAAUUAGUCCAGAUUCAAAAGGUGAACAUCUGUUUGCAGAAUCUGAUUCAGGGGAAGUUCUCCCCACAUCCCCUGAACAAAGCUAGUUCCUGCGCCACCCAGGACUGGAAGGGAAGGCCAAGGAAGCAGAACGUGUGGCAGCAACACGUAAGCAGUAGAGGAGUGGGGGGAGGGCGGAAACCCUGGCCCUCAGUGGGAGGGAGGGCACAGACACCCAGACUGUCUCCCUCCUCUUCUCCAGGUGGUGUCAAGGCAGCAGAAAGGAGUCACUAAGCCAAAGGGGGAGAUGGCUCAGCCAGGCUGCCCCAAUGGACGGAGGGGCCCUACCCGUGUCUAGUGUCUCCUCUGGUUCCCCUCAGUUGUGCUGGCAAGGCUGAGUGAGAACCCCCAGCCUCCUUAUUCUGCUUCUUGACUCAAUAGCUAAAUGGCUCCAGGUGGCGGAUCAACUGAAAUCCUGACAUCUUGCUGUGAAAUUUCUUCUCCACUCCUGAAAACUUCCAUUUCGUCUUUUUGGUAUCUUACGCUCUCACUCUUCCCUAUAUGAUGUGCAUAAGUGAUCUUUCUUUGAAAUCCCUCUGGGGAAAAGACAUGUUUAUUGGCACUGUCCUUUAACUUUAAAUACAAAAAUAAAAUAUAAGCAUCUCCAGAAUUUCAAAAAUAAAAUAGAA